AUGUCGUCGUCGUUCGAUCCGUACGACUGGGCCUCAUUUUACUUUGGAAAAAUGGGUCGUGAAGAAGCCGCUCGCCUGCUGUCGGAUCCUAGCGUCGCCAUCGGAACAUUUCUCUUGCGUGAUAGUUCGAGACCGGGCGAUUAUUCAUUGAGUGUGAGAGAAUCUGAUGAGGAGAAUAAAGUUCGUCAUUAUCUUAUCGAAGAGAAAUUCUCUGAAAAUGGAACAAAACAAGUCAAGAUCGCCGAUCAUGAUUUUAUGGAUAUACCAACACUGCUAAAUCAUUUCAAGAUUCACAUUUUGGAUAAAACAUCGUUAACUGUCCCUUUUUAUAAGCUUGUUAUUAUGAACCAUUUUUCCAUACUCCAGGUGAUCGGCUUGUACCGAUUUGAAGGCGAGCGCGACACGGAUCUCCCGUUUGAAGCUGGAGAAAUGCUUGAGAUUAUUGGGAAACCGGAAGCUGAAUGGUGGCAGGCUAGAAAUGCAUUAAAUGCUACAGGUCUCGUGCCAGCGAUCUAUGUCCGCCCGAUCGAUGAAAUGAAUGACCGUCAUCUGAAAGGUCAAAGCCAGUCAUCCAUAGGCAGCUCUGUAGGUGAAGAACGCUUCAGUGGUAUCUCAACCAAUAGUGAUCCCAUCGAGGAUCGUUAUGAGCCACCUCUUCCUGCAGUGGCAAAAGCUAUUUAUGAUAGGCAACCGAAUGCGUACGACCCAACGCAACUCAAAUUGAAGAAAGGUCAAUUGAUCCGAAUUACCAAAAAACUCACCAACGGCAUGUAUGAGGGCGAACUGGAUGGACGUGUUGGUAUUGUUCCCUUCACGUACGUACGUUUUGCUAAGGCAGAAGCCGUUUAG